AAUACGUACAACAUGAAGCUGCUAGUUUUUCUGAGUUUCGUCGCCUGCACAGUGGCGUUCAAGUGCUGCCCUCCUAAGCAAUUUGAGGGUUUUAUAGGAAGUUACGGAGGUUCUUGUUCACACCAGGGUCAGGCCGGGCUUCUCUUUUCAUGGGGCCAGGUACACUACGACUACAAAAAGGCGAUGGUAGCGGUCGAGGAAACCGUGUAUGUAGAUAAACAACAGGAACAUGUGCAAGUCAUACAGGACUAUGCCAAUGAAGUAAUGUACUUGAUUAUUGGAGGGAAUUGUACAAAAUCAGACUUGCCAGAUACGGAAAUCAUGUGCGUUCCAGACUCUGCCGUGUACGUAAUGACGCAAGAAUACGGAAUGGGUGCUAUGACCGUAGAUAUAUAUUCAUACGGUAGUAAACUUUUUGGCGAUGCAUUCUUUGGUCAAAUCAGCGUCACACGUGAUAAAUGUAUCCCCAUGGGUGUAAACCUGGGCAUAAAUCACCCGCAAGCUUCAAUUGUAAUGAGUUUUGGGUAUGCAAACCUGACAUUGGGAAUCAAGGACCCAUCGGUCUUUGACAUUCCUGAAAUUUGUCAUCAUAAUGACGUCAUACCGUUCAAGGUAAUGGGUGAAAAAUUAUCAGAUCGUAUGAAGGUGGUGAUGUCAUCAUACAGUGCUCGUUAAUGCACUUCAAUUAGCGUUGUCUUUCGUGGUACAAAUUGAAGUAAUUAAAUUCAAUAGUUUCCUUCAAUGAAGGCUUGAUAGUUAAUCUACUCAAUAUGACAUAACGACUAUGUUGUAGAUUGAAAUAAACUUCACUUCUAUGUAACAUGACAUUCUUGCAAUGUGCGGGGCGAAUUGAACACGUCGUAUACUGAGUAAUGUUUGGGGGGGGGCUUGGCUCCAUGGUUAUUGUCUUCAGAACUUGUAAAUAAAUGUGACAAGUAGUAACUA